AUUUAUUUACGGUGACAACAAAAAUAUUCAAAAUCAAAUUUAACAACAAAAUAAUAAGUUUAAACAAACACCAAAAAUGGAUUUCAAUUUUAAAAAUAUCAUCAAAGACGCUGGAACAGCAAUAAGCAGGGCCGUACAGUUUACUGAAGAAAAAUUGGGAAAAUCCGAAAAAACCGAACUGGACGCUCACUUUGAAAACCUGUGGGAACGUGCCGAAACAACUAGAAAGUUCACCGACAAAAUUGUAAAAAAUGCUGAAGCUGUCCUAAUUCCAAACCCCGGUAAUCGAAUUGAAGAUUUCGUGUACGAGAAAAUCGAAAAACAACGACCCUCUAGACUCAGCAAUUUGGAAUAUUUAGGUCUGGAUAUGGUGGAAGCUGGUACUUGCCUGGGUCCUGGAACAGCUUACGGAAGCUCCCUUAUCAAAGUGGGCCAGUGGGAGCAGAAAUUGGGUCAAAUCGAGCGCGAUUUUAUUUGUUCGGCCGGUAUGUGCUACACUCAGCCUUUGAGGAAGUUUUUGGACACCGAAAUGAAGACAAUAUUAAAAGAGCAGAGUGUUUUGGAGAUGAAAAGAUUGGACUUGGAUGCUGCUAAAAAUCGUGUGAGGAAGGCCAGGGGCUUGUUAGGAACAACAGCUGGAAAAGAUGAUGUACCGCCAGAAAUACUCUUGGAGCAGGCCGAACGCGACCUCAGAAUCGCCCAAUCCGAGUUCGACCGCCAAACCGAAAUUACGAAAUUACUGCUCGAAGGCCUCAGCUCUUCGCACGCCGCUCAUCUGAGGUGCCUCUACGAAUUCGUCGAAACUCAGGCCCGAUUUUAUUCGCAAUGCACUACGAUUAUGACCGAUUUACAACGAGAAUUGUCCAGUGUAGCCAGUAGCACCACAACUCAAUCCGAUUUUACACUUUGUGAAGAUUCUACAAAACAAGCUAAGGUUUUGUACGAUUACGAAGCGAAAGAUUCCACAGAAUUGAGUAUUAAAGCUGACGAGAUAAUAACAGUUAGCGAAAUUGAAGACGAGGAUUACAUGAUGGGCCAAAAAGAUGGUUCAGUUGGUAAAAUACCCAAAGCGUUUUUAGAGCUAAUUAAUACUUAAAUUAUAAUGCAAAUUUGAAAAAGUAGAUAUUUUGUUUUUUAAUUAUUUAUCUGUGAUUUUUUGAUUAUUACUUAGAAUUAAUUAUUACUCUCGCUUUUAGAAUAGUUAUUGACACAUUCCACACAUAAUCCUAUUUAUUCCAAGUUAAAUUUUAAUCGUAUUUGAUAAGUGCAAUUAAUUACUCUUUACAGGGUGUCAAAAAUACAAUUAGCCACCAUUGGUACUUAUAUCGUUGUUGCCACAUUUCUAUUAGUUUUUGACAUACAAGGUAAUUUGUAAAAAAAGCCAGUUCUAGGUGUUUUAAACAAAUCGCCCUGUAUCUUGGAAACUAAUAGAAAUGUGGCAACAACGAAAAUUUAUUUAUGACAACUUACUAAUGAUGGCCAAUGGUAUAUUAGACACCCUGUAUAAAUUAGAGAUUUAUUGCAAAUAUGUAAUUUAUUUUUUUGUGUGUGAAAUUGUUCAAAAAGAAGAAAAAAAAAUUGAAAUUUUUCUUAAUAAUAAUAAACUAUUGUUAAUUAUUCCUUCUUGUCUUGUCAAUUCCUAGUUAAUAAAAUUGCUUGUUGUUGAAAGAUACUGUUGUAAAUUGUUGUUAAUAAAUUAUUGUAAAUAUUCCAAUAUCAAAGUGUUUUAAUUGAGGUAAAGAUGUAGAAGAGGUCUUACUGAUAGGAUAUAUUGAUUAUUGUGUAUAUUGAUAAUAUGUAUUGUUAAGAAUAAGAUCUCUUGAACGCAAAUGUCAAUGUAUUGUGUAUUGAAUAAUCAGUAAUUUGCGACCAGCAACAAAUAUGCAAAGUAAUAUUUCCAUCACGCUUUAUGCUAUUGCAAGUUUGUAUUUCUAUAUCGUUUCCACUUUGGACCAA